GAGGCCGGGCCAAGAUGGCGGAGGGGGUGCUGAGCCCCGGGGUGAACCUGGAGGCCUUCUCCCAGGCCAUCGCCGCCAUCCAGGCGCUGCGCUCCAGCGUGACCCGCGUCUUCGACUGCUUGAAGGAUGGGAUGCGGAACAAGGAGACCCUGGAGGGCCGCGAGAAGGGCUUCGUGGCCGCCUUCCAGGAGAGCCUGCACUCCGUCAGCCGCGACCUGGGUGAACUGGAGCGUCUGAGCAACCUAGUUGGCAAACCAUCUGAGAACCACCCCCUGCACAACAGUGGACUACUGAGCCUAGAUCCUGUUCAGGACAAAACACCUCUUUACAGCCAACUUCUUCAAGCCUACAAAUGGUCAAAUAAGUUGCAGUACCACGCCGGGCUUGCAUCUGGCCUUUUGAAUCAGCAAUCUUUGAAACGUUCUGCCAACCAGAUGGGAGUAUCUGCAAAACGAAGACCAAAAGCCCAGCCAACAACUCUUGUCUUACCUCCUCAAUACGUUGAUGAUGUGAUCAAUCGGAUUGAUAGGAUGUUCCCUGAAAUGUCUAUCCAGCUAUCCCGGCCAAAUGGAACCUCUGCAAUGCUUCUGGUUACCUUAGGAAAAGUGUUAAAAGUGAUCAUGGUGAUGAGGAGCCUCUUCAUUGACCGGACAAUAGUGAAGGGCUACAAUGAAAACGUCUACACUGAAGAUGGCAAGCUUGACAUAUGGUCUAAAUCCAACUAUCAAGUUUUUCAAAAGGGAGGGCAGAAAAGAUUUCUCUUUGAAGGCAUGUUGUCAAAAUGCUGUGACAGAUCAUGCGACCACUGCUCUGUUGCACUACCAGCUGCCUCAAAUGCCAGAUGUGGUGGUCAGAUCUUUCAUGACCUGGUUAAGAAGUUACAUAAAGCUGUUCCAGGCUCCGUGCCAGCGCUGCGGGAAGUUUCUGCAGGAUGGUCUGCCCCCCACCUGGAGGGAUUUCCGAACCCUUGAAGCUUUUCAUGACACUUGCAGGCAGUAGCAGCCCAGCCAUUGGUCACCAGGAGGGGACAGGUUGGAAAGAGAGCUGAGGGCUUAAAAGGUCGUUCCAUUCCUCAUCCUGUACUAAGCAGUGAGGUUGCACUAAUAUAUUUGACUAUUUAAAAAGCCAUCAGUCUGCAAGGUACCAGUGUGUUUUGAAUGGUAAGAGCUGGGUGUGAUCACUUGGUGCCUCUGAGCUGAAAUGGUGUGUCUGGGGAGAUCCGACUGUAAUAACCAUUCUUCUAAACCUUAAUGAAGAGAACUCAGUACAGUUUGUGUUUUGUGACAGUCGAAUACUUUUAUAAGCUUGAAAUAAAUUUUGUAUUCCUGAA